GGGAAACCGCCAUAUUGGAUUAAGAUCAUCAUGUGAUUAGGGGAUCCUUGGGUCGAAAGUGUAACUCUGGAAAAAAUUCUCGAGGAAGAAAGGAUCGAUGAUGGGGUUUCGUUGUUAUAGACUGGGAUUGAUAUUUUUUAACAUCAUAUAUUUGGUAAGGCGAGUCUUUUGUGGGUUAUGUUCGAUGAACGCUUCGUUGCAAGUGGCUACAUGUUCAAUUAAUCAGCGUUCUUCCUUUUCAGACAUAAGACUAUCAGACGAAAAUGUAGAAUGAAUUAUUACCAUGAAUGUGGUAAUUUCGUAAUGUGCCCUAGUGGAAUAUGUUGUAUAAAAAUCGCUUAAAAUUUGGGCAAGUUUUAAGUAAAUUCUCGUGUGAAGUUGAGAUCAUGAGCUAUUUUUGUUCAAUGACAUUUUAGCUAGCGGAAAAUGAAAUGUUCUUUCGCAAAUGCGUAUUCAUAAUUUAGAACAUACUAUGGAAAUUACAGAGUUGAAUCAAGCAGUCAAUAUAAAUUUAUAGAAUUUUUUUAAUUGACCUCGCAAGCUAGGGCUAUGCCUCACUGAGUUGAUUCCAGCACAAUGUUCAGGGAGGAACUAAGAUUCCAUGUUUGGCAGUUGGGAAAUUAUGGGUUUUGGGAGCCAAAAAGAAAAGGAAGCUGACAACGUUAACCUUUGUAUGGGAUAGUGAAGGGCUUUGAGAAUGCAAUGCAAAAAAGUAUUAGACCAUUUAUAAUAAGCUGAAUUAUAAAUACAUUUUGAUAGGUCUUUUCUUAUGAUCUAAUGGAGGACAGAGGCAUAGAUUACAUCACAGUCUGCAAAAUUUUCUUCUUAACCCUUUAACUCCCAAGAUCUGAUUGUUAAUUCUCCCCUCUAGUUACAGCACAUUUCCUUGUAAAUUAGUUAUGAGAACUUGGUGCUAGAUUAAGGUAGCACCUGAUAAGUUUGAAUAUUCACAUCGCUGUUUGCUGAAUAAUUUAUGGAUAUUAUUGGGAGAAGUUUCAUGUUAUUCACUUCUGGGAGUUAAAGGGUUAAUUAGAUUGACCCUUUACACCCUAAUAUCAGUAGUCAUGUUCUCCAUCCUGUUCUCUGUACAUUUACUAAGGUGCUGACAAGGAGAAUUUGUCUAACAAUCAAGAGUUUCUUAAGUUGGUGACCAGUUCUUUUAUUCUAAUGACAUCAAUGUGUGACCCAGGGGUGAUAUUGUAAGGAGAAAUUAGAUGCUAGUCACUCUUAGGGGAUGUAGGGUCAAGCAAAAAGAUUCCUAGUUUUUGUGUGUCUGUUCAGUCAUAGAUCACAGAGGAUGUCAGAAUUUGGUAAGAGCACUAGGGACCCACUCAGCUGCAACUUCUGUGUCACUUUUUUGUUCUUACCUCAUUUGAUGUCUUCUGUGUUCUAGUGCUGAAAUCAGUAGACAUAUUCUCUAUACUGUCCUCUAUACAUUUCCUAAGUCGCUGAUAAGGAGAAUUCGUUUACCAAUCAAAAGCAUCUUUCAUUGGUGAUCAUUUCCUUUAUUCUCAUGACCUCAAUGUGGGAUUCAGGGGCGAUAUUGUGAGGAGUAACUUGAUGCCAGCCACUCCUAGGUUUGAAGGGGUUAAUGUGAUAUCUGAAUAACUACAUGUGGUCAAAAACAAAGAAGAACAACUUUUUCAGAUCUCCUUUGUACAAAAGCAGACUUAUGAGCCAUUUGAACUUAAGUGUUUUCUCUAUUCUGUGUGCAUGAUGUUAAAAUAACACUCAUAUUUCUUUAAUAGAUGACCAAUCCCAGAUUUUACCCUCUUACUCAACCCUUUAACUCCCAAGAUGUGAUUGUUAAUUCUCUCCUCUAGCUGCUGAACUUUACCUUGUGAAGUAGUUACAAGAAUUUGUUGUUAGAUCAAGAUAACUUCUACCUGAUAAGUUUAGAUAUUCUCAUUACCUGUUUGCAGAAUGAUGUGCAGUUAUUAUAGGGAGAAGUUACACGAUGGGAAAAAGGGUUAAUCUCUUUGCACAGUACACAUUGAUCUAAUUCCUCUCUCUUUUCAAUUUAUUUUUUUUUCAGAUCAUAGGCUUUGUUCUUAUACUUUGUCCAGCCUACUCCAAAGUUACAGAUCUUUUCACCAGUUGGCCAAUAGUAGGAGGCACCAUAGCAUGUGGAGUGUUUAUUAUGCUGGUUGCUGCACUUGGAAUUUAUGGUGCUGUUAAGCAUCACCAGAUAAUUCUUUUCUUUGUAUCCUUUUCAUCUUUUCUUAUGGAUUAUCAUGGGCUUUCACUUUUCAGGAUGUUUUUGAAAAUGAAUCACAGCAAGUUUGUGUUGUUGUUAUGCUCAACUCAGGGUCAAAAGCUCAAGUUGAGUCUGGCAGAUAAAUUGUGAGAGUUGUUUACCAAAAAAAAAGUUUAAAAAUUGCAUUCUAGAUCAUCUUAAGUUAAGCCAUGUUUUUUACGUAGACAUUGAUUUUUGUGAAAACUAUCAAGAAAGCUUUUAACUAGCACUGGAGUAACUUCUGUUUACUUUGAACAAUCCACCUAUCACAAAAUGUCAAGUUUUCUACCAGUUAAAAAAUGCAUGGCUAGAGUAACCAUUUACACCCUAGCAUAAUUAUGUACAUUCUCCAUACUGUUCUUUAUACAAUUCCUAAAGAGCUGAUAAUGACAAUUUGUUCAAUGAUCAAGAGUUUCUUUAGUUGGUGAUCAUUACCUUUAUUCUCAUGACCUUAAUGUGUGAUUCAGGGGUGAUAUUGUAAGGAGAAUUUAGAUGCCAGUCACUCCUAAGGGUCAAAGGGUGAACCUCUUACACCUUUUCAGCAGUAUGCAUAUCCCAUAAUUAUGGUAAUCUAUUUAGCAAUUAUCCCUUUAACUCCCAGAUUAAAUUUUUAAUUCUCCUUACUGUCAGCCAUACAAUUCUUAUGAUGUUAGUUCAGAGAAUUUAGUAUUGGAUCAACUAAUUAUCUCUAAAUUGAAAUUUUUCUUUAUUCUCAUUACUCAUCUGGUUGAUAUUGUAUUGAUAUUGUAAGGAGAAAUUUUGUCUUGGUCACUCAUAGGAGUUAAAGGGUUAACCCUUUAACUCCCAGAAGUGAUCAACACAAAGCUUCUCCCUAUAAUAUCCUUAUGUUAUUCAGCAAACAGCUAAUGAGAAUAUUCAAACUUAUCAGGUAGAAGUUGUUGCCUUGAUCUAACACCAAAUUUUCAUAACUAAUUUACAAGGAUAUGUGUAGCAGCUAGAGGGGAUAAUUACCAAUAAGAUCUUGGGAAUUGAAGGCUUUAGAACUUCAGACAUAGUUUGACGCUACUCUGGUUAGAGUAGACCAGAGUAGUGUCAAACUAUGUCUGAUUGUCCACCUGGUUGCCAUGUGAACUUUAAUAUAUUUUGGUUUAGAACCUCUUUAGUUGGUGAUCAUUUCUUUUAUCCUCGUGACCUUUAUGUGUGUUUUAUGGAUGAGAUUGUGAGGAGAAAUUAGAUACUGGUUACUUUUAGGGGUUAAAGGGCUUUGGCUUGAAGAAGUUUGUAUCCUUAGCUACCGUCAGUUCAUGGCAAUCAUGGUUAUCUUGUUCAUAAUUCUAUUAUCUGUAUCUUUGGCUGCACUCUCCAUAUCGUCAACUCAGAGGGAUAACCUUAUGUGGAAAGCUUGGAAAUCUGUUAGUAACAAAACUAAAGAAGAAGUUCAGAAAGCAGGACACUGCUGUGGUUUCAAUGCAACAUACAAGAAUAAAACUACAGAUCACCCAUCAUGUAGUGGGGUAUUUAUGAUCACAUAUUUCUUUUGAUUUGAAAUAGUUUUUGAUUUGAUACCAACUCAUUGAUUUGAUACUUUUGGUUUGUAGUGGCAAUGCACAUAGAUUGGACUCUUCCUAACAUCCAUACUUUUUAUGCAGGGUGUUUACUUCAAAGAAAGAAUUAUUAGUUGGGUAUACCUUGGAUUAAAUUUGUUACUUCCCCCAGGUUUAGGCAAAUUUCCAGUCUUAGUUUUGUAUUAGUAUGACAGUCCGACAGUCCAAUGUCAUUUCUCUUUUUUUCAGCUUGAUUGCUGUGGCGGAGAAAAGGCAUAUACCUGUCGCAAGUGUCGUACUUGCUAUGGCUAUUUGAGGGACAAUGGCUUGGACAAAUUAAAGAAUGCUGUGGGAGGAAUAGGUCUCUUUUUUAGUUUUACAAUGGUAAGGGCUGAUUUACUUCCUAAAACCCGUAAUAUCCUAGCAUAAACAUGAAUAUUCUCCAUACCAUUCCUCAUACAUUUUGUAAAAUGCUGGCAAGGAGAAUUUGUUAUUUAUAAGCAACCAAGAGCCUUUUAAGUUGGUCAUUGUUUCCUUAUUGUGACCUUAAUGUGUGAUUCUGGAGAAAUGAAAUGUUAGUCACUCUAAGGAGUCAAAGGGAAAAACUGACUCUGUGUGACUGAUAGUAAUUGGCUGACCAACAGAUUAACAUAUUGACAUGGCAACCAACUGAACAACUGAGUGACUUCCUUUGCUGAUUGACUGACUGUUUGUCUGUCAGUCUGUUUGGCCAGCUGGCUGAAAUACAAUUUAAUGCCUGACUAAUUGACUCGCUGACAGAGAAACUGCCUACUUCUUGCUUGACUUACCUGCUGCCUGGCUGAUAAACUGACCAACUAGAACAACCACAAACAUCUGAGAACGAAGCUUAUCGCCAGUCUUGUGACUAGUAGAAGUUUCCAGUUAUUUUAUGGUUAAUUCAUGUAGUAAAUUACUUUAUUUAUUUAUUUACUCUUUCAGUUUUUGGGAAUUUACUUGGCUUUCCGAUAUAGGCAUCUUAAAGAUCCAAGAGCAAACCCCAGUGCGUUUCUAUGACUGUAAACAGGUCCUAAAGGCUUCAGGACAAUUGCCUUAUUUACGUCAGCUUCAGCACCAAGAAGCCCCUUUGUUAUCAAAGUUGUGAACAGUCUCAAAGUUUGAGUAGUCCAAAGAAAAUUGCAGUCUUUUUUAGAGCCAUACAGGGUGAUGUAGAGUUAUUCACUUUACAGGAUGAAUCACUCCACUGUUAACAACAAAACUAAAUGACAUACACGAAAUAUAAAUGACACCUAGUCCUUUCCCAAGUUUUCUUUAAAGGGCAGGCAUAAUUUUUAUCAUGGUCAUCAUUAUCAUCUUUAUCAUCAUCGUCAUCUUUAUCGUCAUUGUUAUCGUUCUUUUUUUCUCCUUACAGUAUUGAUUGAAAGUAAAUGUAGAUGAGAUAAACUGAAAGGCUUAUUUGUCAAUCAAUAUGGAGCUGCAACAACCCC